AUGUUAAUAAAAUUGAAAUGUAUAUUAAUAAUUUGUUUAUAUAUUUAUUUAACAUAUUGUGAAUUAGAAUGUGAUGAUAAUAAAUGUCAACAAGAUUCAAAAUGUAUUAAAAUAUCAUUAGGACAAAACGAAUAUAAUUUAUGUAUAUGUAAUUCUGGAUAUACUGGUUGGGAUUGUUCUAUACCAAUUGAUUAUUGUAAUAAACAUUGUAGACCAUUACAAAAAGGUAUUUCAUGUAAACAUACAUUAUGUAAUCAAGGAAAUUGUAUAAAUUUACUUGAAAAUCCAUAUUAUAAAUGUGAUUGUGGUGCAUUUUAUAAAGGAGAAAAUUGUGAAAUAGAAGAUAAUCCUUGUAGUUAUCAAAAUCCUUGUGGUAAAGGAGAUUGUGAAUUUGUACCAGGAAUAAAUCAAAUAAAUUGUAAAUGUUAUCCUGGAUGGACUAAUAUACCAAAUCAAACUAAUACUAAAUAUAAUUGGAAUGGUGUUGAUAUAUAUAUGACACCACCUUGUCUAGAGGAAAUUAAAAAAGGAAUUACUGGUAAUGCACCAAUACUUGGUCCAAAUUCUAAAGUUAUUUGGUAUGUUGUAUUGAUAAUUUCUUGUAUUGUUUUUUUAUGGUUUAGUUCAACAACUUUAUAUGAAUUAAUUGGUAAAAAAAUACAUACCAAUUGA